UUUUGCAUUCCACGUCACUUUUUGCAUUAUCGUACUGCGCAAAAAGUUGGAAAACCCCUGAAAAUUCUGUAAUUUGUGUCGCUAUUCCACUUAUUAAAGACUAAGUAAUAGUUAAAGAUCAAAAUGAGCCGCCAGUCGAAUGAAGUGGACGAGUUAUUCGAUGUGAAAAAUUCCUUCUACAUCGGCAACUAUCAACAUUGCAUCAACGAGGCUAAUAAAAUCGGCAAACCGUCGCUGGAAAAAGAUGUAUUCCUCUACCGGGCGUACAUCGCUCAGCACAAGUACCGGGUCGUGUUGGAUGAAAUAAAGCCCAACAAUGACACCCCGCUGCUGGCGCUCCGCUAUCUGGCCGAGUAUCUGUCGAACAAAUCGCGCAAGGAAGCGGUCGUAGAUCUGUUCGAUGAAAAGUUCAAAGGAGACAUCAACGCACUGGAUGUGAUUUGGAUCAUCGUGGGGGCUACCAUCUACUGCAACGAGGGAACGUACGAAUCUGCACUCAAGAUCCUGCAAGGAAAUUUUAACCUGGAGUGCCUAUCGCUACAGUUGCAGUGUCUACUGAACAUGUCCCGGGUCGAUCUGGCCAAGCAAGUCCUGCAAACCAUGCAGGAGAAGGACGACGAUGCCACUCUGACACAACUGUCCCAAGCCUGGUUGAACAUCCAGCUGGGAGGAGAUAAACUACAGGACGCAUUCUUUAUCUUCCAAGAUUUCUGUGACAAGUUCUCGCCGUCAUUGCUCCUGCUCAAUGGCCAAGCGGUGUGCUACAUUGGUCAGCAAAAGUACGACGAUGCAGAGAACGUUCUGCGGGAAUGUUUGAACCGGGACCCGAAUAACUAUGAUGCGUUGAUUAAUCUGCUGGCCCUGUCACAACAGAAGGAGAAAACCAACAGCCAGUUCAAUCGAUAUCUCUCGCAGGUGUUGGAUGAGCAUAAGGAGAGUGCUCUGGUAGCCACGUAUAACAAAAAACAGUCCGAGUUUGAUCGAUUGGUGAUGCAAUAUGGACCGUCUAAUAAUAAGUCGAUAGAAGACAUUGUCGCUUAGAUUGACGCUUUGCAAGUGUUUAUUAAUGUAUUUGUGGGUAGGACUAAGAUUGAAGAAUAAAAUUCCAAACUAAAGUAUA